CCGACCUCGCAGGAGGAGGAACUACAUUGCCCAGAAGCAGCUAAGUUGCUGCGGAAUCGCUGGCGGCGGGGACCGCGUGACCCGCGGCCGGACAUGGUUUCCUUGGCCAGAUCCCUUGGUCGCCUGUGGGGCCCCGGCGGUAGGUCAGCAGCGCUGCUGGGGGGCAGGUGGCUCCAGCCCCGGGCCUGGCUGGGGCUCCCGGACGCCUGGGGCUUCCCCGCUCUGCAGCAGGCCCGGGGCAAGGCGCGCGGGAACGAGUAUCAGCCGAGCAACAUCAAACGCAAGCACAAGCACGGCUGGAUCCGACGCCUGAGCACGCCGGCCGGGGUCCAGGUCAUCCUCCGCCGCAUGCACAAGGGCCGCAAGUCGCUAAGCCAUUGAGGAGCGCGACGCUGCGGCGGAUCUCCGUUAGAGCGUUUCCCUCGCCCCGCACCUUUUGGCAGGCCUGGGGAGCAGGGAAAAUUUGGACAUGAGUGCCCCCCAGAGUAUAGGGUCGGCCCAUGGAGACGAGAUUUGGGAUGGGACUGAAAGGGAGUGAAAAGUCUCUUCGCUUUUGAAUUAGGCAGAAUUUCUAACAUUGACAACGUCCCCAGACUAGAACAGUGAAUCUCAAGCUACCCAGUACAGGGCCCCUGACCCCCUCUUGCCAUCAUCCAUCCCGACCCUCCCGUGUUAUUUUGAAGCGGAUUUCAGGCCUCGUUUCAUCUGUAAAUAUGUCACAAUGCAUCUCUCGAAGAUGACUCUUUAAAACGUGACCUCAAGAUGCACACCUAAAAAAUUAGCAGUAAUUCCUUAAAAUCAGGUGUCUAAUAAAUGCUCAAAUGCCCA